AUGGUAAUCAGAGCCACAAUGGCUCACGCCACCUCUAGUCGAUCCUAACUAGCACGGCCCUAAGCCGUCCCUCCUCGUCCUCGAAGCCUAGCCAUUGCUUAGGCUACACACCGCGCCGUCCGUGCGCCCUCUCCCGCCGCGCUCUCCUGUCGCGCUCUCCCGUCGCGCGCCUUCUAUUGCGCCUGCUCCCCCUUCCGUCGCGCACCUCCUGCCGCACUUGUCGACACCUUUCCGCCCGUCGAUUCCUCCUUGCACGGCCUGUCACCGUGCCCUCCCGAUAUGCACCCUUCGCCUUCGCGCGCGGCCGUUCGUUGCCGCUUCCGCCGUCACGCGCGGACGUUCGUCGCCGCUUCCGCCGUCACGCGCGGCCGUCCGUCGCCAUUUCCACUGUUGUGUGUGGCAGUUUGUUGCCGCUUUUGCCGUCGCGCGCAACCGUUCGUCGCGCCCUCCCCCGCUGCCCGAAAACACCGCGGCCAAUUGGCAUUCCUAUGCCCAAACGGUCACGAUGCUUCUCUCCUCGGUGAUGGUCAACGGCUACAAUCCGAAAGCCGUUGUCCAUCUCGAGGAGCGCGGUCUUCAGCCUGCCCAGCAGGAUGCUCCCGCGUGCCCUGCACCUCCUCCUCCUGGUGAUGCUCCUGUCAGCUCCGGCCCUCCAACCUUCGCCCAUGACGUGAACGACCCUCAGAGCUUGAUGACUGCCAUCCGCACCUACCGCGCCGGCCUCACCAACCAUGUCCGCCCGUAGCUGAUCUACGAGGCUUCCCGCGCCGAGCAUGCCAUCGCCAUUGUCGCCUACGACAUGUACUAGGCAACGCUCACGGAGUACGCCAGGCUUGAGGCCACAUACAUCACCGACAUCGCCGCCUUGUGUGUCGCUGCUCGGCGCGCGCUCACCAUCCUCCUCGCCACCAUUCCUCCCACGCUCAAGCGGGAGCUUGCUCCCACCUCCUCCUCCCACCUCCGGCGGCUCCUCACCAAUCUCUAUGAUUGGCAGGACGUCGCCAGCCCUCUACUCCCCCAUCAAGAAGUUUCAGAGCCUCACCAAGGACUCUACCACCGGCGCAGUUGCCUUCACGCGUCACGCCCUCGACCUCGCUCGUCAUCUGGCAGCUCUUGGUGUGCCAUACCCAAUCCCUGUGCUUUGCUGCCACCUCCUUGAAGGCUUGAAUCCUGCCUUCGACACCCACAAGAUCGCCUACAUGCAGCUGAUCGAAAGCGCAUUAUCCCGGCUGAGGCCGCCCAGUGGAUCAUCACCACUGAGGCCAACCUCUUGUGCCAUUCCUCCUCCACCGCCAUGGUUACUCACCAGCGCAACAGCAGGGGAGGGCGUGGGGGUGGGCGUAGCGCUGGUCGUGGUGGUGGUCGUGGUGUUAGUGGCGCAGGACGUGGUGCAGCAGCCGCCUUUCCUCCUUGUCAGUGUCUCCCUCUCUAUGGCCCCACACGCGGCAAUUCCGGCACCCCCCCUCGCUGGUCCUCCCUCUCUCCUCGCCCCACUCCUCAGGAGGUUUGUACUUCCCUCUCUACCAACCCGGCUCCUCCCCCUUAGCCCACCAGGCCAUCUCUCAGCAGCAGCAGUAGCAGCAGACUCCGUAGCAGACUCAGCAGCAGCAGUUUCAGCCGUAGCAGCAGCAGCAGUAGUUCCAACAGCAGCAGCAGCAGCAGAGGCAGCAGUACCUCCUCACCCAGUUGCAGCAGCAGUAGCUCCAGCAGCUCCAGCAGCAGCUUGACCUCCAGUCGCAGCUCCCCCUUGCACCCCCUCCUAUGGCUCCCCCAUAGCAGCCCUAUCCCGCCUGGACCGCCGGCAGCUCAUCUCUCCGGCGCGUCUCCUGCGUCCUCCGCCACAGGCCACUGGUUUUGUUGGCAUGAGACUCUUGGCUCCCUACUCAAAUCAUUCUUUUCUCCUCAAAGCUAGUUCCUACAACCCUUGUCUCUACUGUUAUGAAAGAACAGAUUCAGCAAUUGUAGAUGUGUUGUCUCCAGGGCUCUCGCUAGCCCUUUUUCACUUUCUAACUAAUCCUACGGGCCCUUCGAGCAACCCUCUGUUAGAAACUGAGUCGCCUACCAUUGAUUUCAAAGGGCACGCCUACUAUGCGACUUCGUAGAAGGGCACAACUUCUCUCUACGGCAGAAAGGGAAACUAACCUGAACCUUGGUGAACCGAACCUAUCUGCGAGAUAAACCUGGUGCACAUGGUCAUAAUUGGGGACAUGAGCAAAAUAGGAGACAGUUAAGAGAACGUUAUGCUGUAGGGUGCUAACGCGAUAUUGUGACAACGUUUGGCAGAGAACGUUCUCGCAUGGUUCAUUGAACUAGCAUUAGGUCUUGCCCUUGUUGUAC